UGUUACCAUGUUGACACAAAGCUAAAAGAGUAAACAUAACGGACCAGAAGGUGCCGUUCAUUAGAAGCGCACGUUUGUUCAGUACAUUGCAGGAAUCGCAACGGCCGCUUGCUCAGCGGAAGGCGCAAACAAAUCAACAUGGCGGCGCAAUUCAUGCAACAAUCCUGUCUUGUGCAUGGCGAGUCCAAAGGAAAUGCGCAUAUGCGCAGACAAGCAGUACAUGUGAAAGAAAAAGCAGCUACAGCUGUGUUGAAACGGCAUACAAGGCGGCGUACUAUUUUCUAUGCACAUUGUGCCCAUGCUCGGCAGCAUGCCCGUCAAUGAACGAAAAAGCCAUGUCUCCCUGCCUCUGCGCACGUGGCUUUGCUGAGAGCCGUGCAAGAGAUCGUGUGGGCCAUCUCCGAUGCACACUUACACCACACGACAGACAUAAACCGAUAUGCGUCUUGUCAGGGCCAAUGCUGCAGGGCAUGUCGCCACCAUACUCACGUUCCUCCUCUUGGCCGCGCCAGUCAGUUACGCUUCGCGCGGGGAUCGCGAUUCACUGUACAUCAACUGCGUACAUAAAUGCUAUAAAUCAUCCUGCUCAUCUCCCGACGCUGACGCCCAACUCCCUUUCAUUCUCCAACUAACACGAUGGACAUGCCGCGAAAACUGCCAAUAUGAAUGCAUGCACGAUGUAACAACAACAUAUUUGGCCUCUGGGCAUCCCGUUGAACAGUAUUACGGCAAAUGGCCAUUUAUACGGUUUUUGGGAUUACAAGAACCAGCGUCGGUCAUCUUUUCCAUUUUGAACGGAUACAUGCAUUGGAUAGGAUAUCGAAAGCUUCGUCGGCACAUUCCGCGCUGGUACCCGCUUCGCCGAAUAUACCUCUUGAACGCGCUCUUGGGCGUGAACGCGUGGAUAUGGUCAACCGUAUUUCACGCGAGGGAUUUUCCAUUGACGGAAAAGCUAGACUACUUUUCGGCGAUUGGGUCUAUCCUCUUUGCGGCAUGUCUGGCCGUCAUUCGAGUCUUUCAGUUUCAGCAUCGACGGAAUGUCGAGAGCUGGAUGCUCACUGGAUUUGCUACACUGUUUUACGUUGCUCAUGUAUCGUACUUGUCCUUUUGGCCAUUUGAUUACGGUUAUAACAUGAUUGCGGGAGUCACAGUGGGGGUUGCAUCAAAUACGGUGUGGAUAUGGUGGUUCUUGAAUAACUGGCGAUCACGCCCGUACGCAUGGAAAGUUCUUCUUUCUGUUGUUUUGAUAUCCGCUGCCAUGUCGCUGGAAUUGCUAGACUUUCCACCGUGGAAGUGGGCAAUCGACGCACAUGCCUUGUGGCAUGCUGCGACAAUACCGCUUGUUUAUCUUUUCUACAGUUUUUUGCUGGAUGAUGUACGGUGGGAAAUUCGGGCGGGGAAGGGGAAGGCACCCGUUCAUUGAAGAUAUGAUUAAUCAGAGAGGGCCUGUUUUGUACAUUAAUACGAAUAUUUUAAUUCCACUGAUCUUGCGAUGUAUGUGGAGGAAAAAGACGUUUGUCGCGGACUCAAGCAUGUGAUGUAUGGUGCACCGGCCAUGUGUAUGAAUUUGACAUCAAUAAGUUAUGUAAAAUGUUGAAAUAAAUAUCCAAUCUUGGUCUUUCACUC